CUCAUCACAAAAUAAUGGUGGAGCUAUUAUUACUCCCAUAUUACAGGUGAAGAAACUGAGACUCAGAAGAGUUUGUCACUUACCCAAGAUCACAAAUUAGUAAGUGGUGGAGCCAGAACUUGAAACCAAGGCCUUCUCAGUCCAUAGAUUGAGAUAUUAGCCUCAAUUCUAGACUAAUACUCAUGCUUUAGGUGCUGGGAUGAAAGUCUCUUCUGGAUAAAUGUGCUGGGCACCAGCACCUCUGCUGCUAGAAGAAUCCAUGCUUGCCAUGCCUCUUUCCAUGGUCCUACUCUUUAAAAUCUCCUUUCCUUCAGACUGGUGGAAGAAGUGAAAGAGCUGUGUGACGGUGUGGAGUUAGAAAAUGAAGACAUUUACAUGGCAACAACCUUCAAGGACUUCAUCCAAUUGUUAGUGAGAAAGCUUCGAGGGGAUGACAAAGAGAGCGAGUGCAUCAUUGACUACGUGGAAAAAGCAGUGAACAAGCUGGUCCUCCAAAUGCCUCACCAACUUUUCAUUGGGGGCAAGUUUGUGGAUGCUGAGGGUGCCAAGACCUAUGACACUAUCAACCCGACAGAUGGAAGUGUUAUCUGCCAGGUGUCCCUGGCCCAGGCCAGCGAUGUUGACAAGGCAGUGGCUGCUGCAAAAGAGGCCUUUGAGAACGGAUUGUGGGGGAAGAUCAGCGCGCGGGACCGGGGCCAGCUCCUGUACAGGUUGGCAGACCUCAUGGAAGAGCAUCGGGAAGAGCUGGCCACCAUUGAGGCUCUGGAUGCAGGUGCUGUCUACACACUGGCCCUGAAGACCCAUGUGGGCAUGUCCAUCCAGACCUUCCGCUACUUUGCUGGCUGGUGUGACAAGAUCCAGGGCUCCACCAUCCCCAUCAACCAGGCCAGACCCAACCGAAACCUGACCUUGACCAGGAAGGAGCCAAUUGGGGUCUGUGGCAUUAUUAUCCCCUGGAACUAUCCCCUGAUGAUGCUCUCCUGGAAGACAGCUGCCUGCCUGGCUGCUGGGAACACAGUGGUGAUCAAGCCUACCCAGGUGACCCCACUCACAGCCUUGAAGUUUGCAGAGCUGACCUUGAAGGCGGGCAUUCCCAAGGGUGUGGUCAACAUCCUCCCAGGAUCUGGCUCAUUGGUUGGCCAGAGACUCUCAGACCAUCCCGAUGUGCGGAAGAUUGGGUUCACAGGCUCCACAGAGGUGGGAAAGCAUAUCAUGAAAAGGUAGGUGGUUGGGGUGUGGGGGU